GUGUGAUGAAUAUGUUGCGAUAUUAAACUCAGUGUUUAGUCUUUUAUUUCACGGUUUUAGUGUUUUAUCUCUCAGUAAUGACAAAGUACAGCGUGGACUUUAUCAAGUACACUUAGGUUAGGUUGAAUUAAUGCUCGUCUGAUUUAGUUUAUUGUUAUUUAUAAAAUUGCGGUCGUGCCUCUUGUGCGCUUUUUUAUUAUUUAUAGUGGAUUUUAAUGACUGCAGUGGGUGAAAUGGAUAGAAAAAGUGUUCCGGCUGAUAGAAAUGUGCUGUGUUUAUUUGAUGUGGACGGAACACUCACUCCACCAAGAGAGAAAAUAGACUCUCAGCUGGAUGAGUUUUUCCAGAACCUGCGCACUAAAGUAAAAAUUGGAGUGGUGGGGGGGUCAGAUUACUCCAAAAUUGCAGAGCAGCUUGGAGAUGGUGAUGACGUUAUAGACAAGUUUGACUAUGUGUUUGCUGAAAACGGAACUGUGCAAUACAAAGAUGGCAAACUGCUGUCUAAACAGGCGAUUCAGAACCAGCUUGGUGAGGAACUACUGCAGGAUCUGAUCAACUUUUGCCUCAGAUACAUGGGUCUAAUCAAACUGCCCAAGAAACGCGGUACGUUCAUUGAAUUUCGCAAUGGAAUGCUGAACAUUUCUCCUAUUGGGCGGAGCUGCACCCUGGAAGAGCGAAUAGAAUUUGCAGAAAUUGAUAAGAAAGAGAAGAUCAGGGAGAAGUUUGUUGCGGCUCUGCAGAAAGAGUUUGCAGGAAAAGGACUUCGAUUUACCCGAGCUGCUGGAGGGUGCCUGGGGGAGGAUCAGGACGAUCGAGGUGGUACCACAGAUGCUCAAUUGGGUUCAAGUCUGUGGAAUUAGGGGGACAGGGUAGUACUUGGAAGUCUUGGUCAUGCUCUUCCAACCAAAAUGGAACAUUUCUAGCUGUGCGAAAGAUCCCAUCCGCCCCAGGCAAGACAAGUCGGCAUGUAUGGAUGUACAUGAUCUGCAAGGGUGGAUUCUUACCCAAAUCGGUUGAGUGUGCCUUCCACAUAGGCGCAUGGACCCAGAGGAUUCCUCAAAAACAUUUCCCAGACCAUAACGCUGCCACAGCUGUCGAAAGUAGGAAGUGGUUAUACUAAUGUGACUCAACAGUGUGUGUGACUUGGUUUAUAUAUAUAUUGUUUUCCAGCCUGUCUGAGAUGGUUGUUAAAAAAUUAAGUGCUAACAUGUCACUUGUAAAUAAUAACACAGACAUAAAACUAUGAACUUCACCAUAUCAGCUUGUACACUGAUUCACUUUUAAAUCUAAGUACAGCAUCACCCCUUUUGAGGUAAAUGUAACAAACACGUUGGUUGAUGAGGUAAAUUUGUGGUUUAAAGGUCACGUUUGUUAAAGAUUUGAUGGCUGACCAGUGAAAAAACAUGAAAAUGAGUGAAUGUAUCACUCUAUAAACAUUACAUUGUGCUAAAUGUGGUGGGGUUUUGGUGACAGGUUGUGGUGUUCUGUAUCUUUAAUGUAAGUGUUUAAAUGUAGGAGGCUAUACUGUUUGUUUCACUCGGGUGGAUCUGUCAGGUUAAAGUUCUCUCAGUUUGUUUAGUGAUUGUCGUCACUCCCAUCUCUGAUUGAGCAGCGUGUUGGGUUGUUUUUCUGCUCAGUGUGCAUCAGGAAGUUAAUGAUCUGUUAGGCAUUAAGCUCACUAAUACACAGUAUUCCUAACCGAACUCAGUAGCCGAACCAGACACACACACACACACACACACACACACAUUAGAAUGUGUGGUAAUCACUGACUGUCACUAGUACAUUCUGUUCUUGUACAAACACCAGUCUUCUCAAAACCAUAAGACAUUUAGGAAAGGUAAAUUCUAAACUAAAAUUAUUACUUGGAAGGUGCUCACCACAGUUGGAACAGUACCUUCCAGCUAACAGUUAUAAGGUAUAAGUAGGCUCUUCUAAAUUCACAGGGAAUAUGUGCUUAAUUUCACGGACCUUGUUCUGCAAAAAUCACAGAUUUCAUGGAAAUCACAUUAAUUAAAUUACACUCAUAAACUGAAUGAUAGAAUAAAUGGAAGCUAUAAUACACAGCACAGCUACCUUAACAGUUGAAUGUAAACCUAGAACAUCCAGCGAUGGUGCGAGGCUUCAUGUUUGAAAAUUCUCAUCUGUGUUUUGACCCCCCUCCAUUUGUAUCCACAGAAUUGGUUGGGAAUUUUCCAAACUCAGUUACCUAAGUUAUGUUUUACCUAAGACAUUUUGACUAAGCGAUUUCUAACUGAAUUGCCGUAGGAUUGCUAGGACGCCUCAUAGUCCAAAUUAACCAGUAAACGUUAGGCACUUAAACGCUACACGAAUAAAAAUGUUAAAUCGCUAAACACAAACAUUAAAUUUUACACAGGAAAAGGCUCAUUUCACGGUCUGUGAUGCGAUUAUCCUGGCCGCGAAUUAGGUAGGGCCUUAGUUAUAAGUUACAUUCUGAAUGUUGCGGUUUGGACGGCACGGUGGCUAAGUGGGUAGCACUGUCGCCUCAUAGCAAGAAGGUCCUGGGUUCGAUCCCCAGGUGGGGCGGUCCGGGUCCCUUCUGUGUGGUUUGCAUGUUCUCCCCGUGUCCGCGCGGGUUUCCUCCAGGUGCUCCGAUGAGGUGAAUUGCAAACACGAAAUUGUCCAGGACUGUGUUUGAUAUAACCUUGUGAACUGAUGAACCUUGUGUAAUGAGUAACUACCAUCUCUGUCAUGAAUGUAACCAAAGUGUAAAACAUGACGUUAAAAUCCUAAUAAACAAAUAAACAGAA